CUAAGAAAUAACAACUAAAAUCGACUAAAUUCGAAUCGCACUCGUGUAGAAUGGAAUGAGAGCUAGCAUUUUGAUGUUAACAUUUACGUAAAUAUACAAAACAAAAUUAAAAUGAGUUCUGUCAGAAAAGACGAACUUAGAAGCAAAGAACUUCCUGAUAUUAUUACAGAUCCUAAAAGUGAGAAACGAUACCUGAAGGGCAGAUUUCUUGGAAAGGGUGGCUUUGCAAAAUGUUACGAACUGACAGACAUGGAGACGAAAGAGGUGUUUGCAGGAAAGAUAGUAUCCAAGUCCCUUCUAGUAAAGCAACACCAAAAAGACAAGAUGGCACAGGAAAUUUCAAUUCAUCGAACGUUGUCACACAGGAAUGUUGUGCAGUUUCAUAGUUUUUUCGAGGAUUCUGACAAUGUUUAUAUCUUGUUGGAAUUGUGUAGGCGACGUUCCCUGAUGGAGCUUCACAAAAGGCGACGGGCUAUUACAGAGCCAGAAGUGCGUUACUUUGUAAAACAAGUUGUAGAGGCAGUUUGUUACUUGCAUACCAACAAGGUCAUCCACAGAGAUCUUAAGCUGGGCAACCUGUUCAUCAAUGAGGACAUGGAUAUUAAAAUUGGAGAUUUUGGACUAGCAACAAAGCUUGAUUUCGAUGGUGAAAGGAAAAGGACUUUGUGUGGAACACCAAACUACAUUGCUCCAGAAGUACUGGGGAAGAAAGGUCACAGUUUUGAAGUAGACAUAUGGUCACUGGGUUGCAUUGUAUACACACUUUUAGUUGGGAAGCCUCCUUUUGAAACGUCUUGCCUCAAAGAUACUUAUAUGAAAAUCAAGAAAAACGAAUACCAUAUUCCUUCAAAAGUCUCCAUUCCAGCUAAAAAUCUGAUUACCAAAAUGCUCAGAACUGAUCCAGGGGACAGACCAAAUAUUGGCCAAAUUUUGGAUGAUGAGUUCUUCAAAAGUGGGUACUUGCCACCUAGGAUUCCAACAAGUUGUCUCACGAUGGCCCCUCGUUUUGACACGCUCAUUAAAUCGGAAGCUUUAACCAGAAAGCCACUGUUGGAAUUGAAUGAAGCUCCAAGCCGUCCCAUGACAGCGGACAUAAUGAAAAAAGUGUUGGAUGGUGAUAGUGAGGCAUCUUCGAAACCUGACUAUAUCAGAGGAAAUGAUGACCCUCCAGACUACUGGCUGUCUGAUUUGUGUGGACAGUUAUCUGCAGUUGUAGCAGCUAAACCUGGGGAACGGAUCAAUACACAAGAAGAUGAGGCUGAAGAACCAAGUAGUAUACCGAUUUACUGGAUCAGCAGAUGGGUGGACUACUCUGACAAAUAUGGUCUCGGAUACCAGCUCUGCGACAACAGUGUUGGUGUUCUAUUUAACGACUCCACUAGACUCAUCCUGCUAACAAAUGGAGAGAACAUUCACUACAUUGAGCGAGAUGGCACUGAACAUUACCAUACAUUGAAGAGCUUCCCAGAGAUUUUGACAAAGAAGGUUACACUACUGAAGUAUUUCAGGAACUACAUGAAUGAACAUCUGCUCAAGGCUGGUGCCAACAUGACUCCGAGAGAUUCUGAUCAAAUGAUUCGUCUUCCAUUUUUGAGGACAUGGUUCCGCACUCGCAGUGCAAUUGUGCUUCAUCUCAGUAACGGCUUGUUACAGAUCAAUUUCUUUCAAGACCACACAAAGAUUAUUCUGUGUCCUCUGAUGGCAGCUGUAACAUACAUUGAUGAUAAGAGAGACUUCAGGACAUUUCGUCUUAACCUCAUUGAAAAGUAUGGGUGUUCAAAAGAACUUGGAAGUCGUCUUCGUUACGCAAGAACGAUGGUGGAGCGGCUGAUAUCAUCAAAGUCUGGGUCUGGUAGAAUCAAGUCGGCUGCAUCCUAAUAUUGAUAUAAAUUGUUCAAUUGACGAUACAUGUGAAAUGUGUAUUUCAGACAGUACAGACUUCUGAAGGUCAUUGCAUGUUAUACAGGCAUUAAUUUUGGAGUAAAAUGAGACAUUUUUUUUCUCAAUUUGCAUAUGCACUAGACAUGUUUUCCCCCAUCAUUUUGUCUUUAAACCAAUAGGAGAACCUUCGGACUACAUUGAUGCUUUGUACAAUUAUCACUCACUAGCCCACUUCCAUAAUUGUUUCACCGACGUUGAGUGCCAGCAAAUCAUGACUACAAUUUAUUUUUCAAUACAUGAAGGCGUGAUACUUGACAUUAUUGGUGUACAUAUGGCUUAAUUAUUGUCACAUGUGGCAAAAUAUAAUUUAAAUACUGACCAUGUAUCUGAUUUCGGUGUUGUGAUAUUGCUAUCCCUCGUCUUUCAUUUAAACUUGUGUCAGUGACUGUCCAUGUAUUUUGUCCCACAAUAAAUAUUGUUAUUUUGUCCAGCGCUAUUUAUUGACAUUAUGUUAGCACAUGAGGCUGAACUUAUGCUGUGUCCUCUGCCUCCAUUUUGUAAAUGACAUUUUCUGUUGUUGACAGUAACGGAAUGGAGUGUACAAAGAUGUUGCUACAUUAUGAAACCAGAAAGUACUACGGUAAUUGUAAACAAAUGUCUGUAUAAUCCAUUUCUUGAACAAAGUUUGGAUCGUUCAUGAAGUGUCCUCAUUACAUAAAUGAGUAUUAGGAUGUUGUUGUAUUCUGAUAAACCGAGUGCCAAGCAAAAUGGGUAUGUUGGUGAUGGUUAUAUUACAUAAUAUGAAAAGUUAGACAACCCUGUCAGCAAGGAUUAGAGGCACAUUGCAACACAUCGGGGAAUAUUUUGUUUUCAAAAUAUUGAUUAGCAAUAUUUCUGGUCAAUUAAAAAUUGAUUAGCAGCUAUUGUUUAAUGUUUUAAAAUUGCAUAGCGUAAUAUGAUGGAGAACUUCUCUAAGGUGCUUGGGUUGUAGAAUCGAUCCCCUUUGGUUGACCCAUUCUCCGAUUGGGUUUUCCCCCCAUUGCAACCAGUGCCCCACAACUGGUAUAUCAAAGACCAUGUGCUGUCCUUUUUGUAGGAAAAUGCAUAUAAAUAAAUCCUGGAGAUCCGUUAUUAUCAAAUGUUUGACAUUCAAUAGCUGAUGAUUAAUAAAUCAAUGUGAUCUAGUGGUGUUGAACAAACCAAACUUUUUAAUUUUUUUAAUACCCCAUUACCCACAAAAUAACAUUUUACUGAACCCAAAUAUGUGUGUAGAACAUACCCACCGGCAUAAAAUAAUAAUAUGCCUUCCGAUACUCUGUGUCAUCAGUUCUGGAACGACACUCAUUAUAUUUGUCUAGGAAUUAAGGUAAAAUGCACUAUUACAGGUCACUGAAACUAAAUAUGAGGUUGACUACAGAUGGCAGAAUAUACUAUUAACCAAAUAUAAUGGUGACAGGAACUUCCUGUGACUCUAGUUUGCUAGUACUGAAUCAUAUUUUUAACUGUAUAAAUUAUGUCCGUCUAUAUAUAGAACCUACUAUUUUUAGCAAGUUGUGUUUUUGAUUACAGAACUUGAAGGUACUAUAAAGAUGGCAAUAAAAUUUGUUUGAUAAAGACAGUUGGCAAUAUUUGUUCAUAACGAGAAACACAGGUCUAUUCGGACUUCUGCAUUUAGUGAUCUCACACUUUAGUUAAAUCAAUCAUGAAAUAUUAAGUCACUACCUCAGUUUCGAAAAUUACUUUGAUUAUUGCAUAUCAAGCGAUUUUUGGUUUAUGAAACAUCUGCAUUUCUUUAUGGUCUCACUGUAUAAAAAAUAUUUUAAGCUUUCUAAUAUUUCAUGGUUUUUAACCCUAAUCAGUUGAUUGGACAGGUCCUAAAAUGGAAAUUGAACCAGAUAAUGUUCAGAUUAUAAUAUAUACUUGUUUAAAAAGGUUGAAUGUAUUCUCUUGAUAUCCUUGACAUGUAGAUGUGUUUGAAUGUAUCAAAUACCACUGUAUAAUAAUAAUAAUAAUAAUAUGCACUAAUAUAGUGACUGUAUGACAAACACUGAAAACGACCGACCCCAUAUAUAUAUAUAUAUAUAUAUAGACAGUUUGGACAUUUUUCUCUCAUGUCUAUUUAGAAGAAUGAGACACAAUUAGAAUGUUAUAACAGGGUUUGAAUUUUACCAUGCCACUGACGGCAAGUGCUGUGCUUUCCCUCCUUAUUUGCUGAUGUGCCCCAGAAAUUGGACAAGAAAAAUACUGUUGACUUUCCCUGUCCCACAAAUAUUAAAAUUUGUCCAGUUACAGCAGGAGGUUCAUCUGUGUUGACAUGUGAUGGUUCCAUGGCAGGUUCAAGAAGUCUUAGAAUAAAACUUGUUUAGGUUAUUUAUAAUAACCUGUACAUUGUGUCAUAACUGGUUUACCAGAUAGGUGUAAAUACUUGUGAAAUGUAUCUUCAUUAAGGCUGCAACAUCUACUUUUGUAUAGUUAGUACGACAAAAACAUACAAUUUCCAACAGAAUAACACACACAUCAAACUUAUGUUUUCUUUCAUUUAGUGAAUUUGUGUAAAUGUAUUAUAACAAAUUAUAUAGAUGUUGCAGCCUUGGUUUUUGAGGAUUGAAUGACCAUUGUGUGAUACUGAUUAACGAUGUGACAGUUGUCUUGUUCAUGUCGAGCCAUAGUCAUAAAAAAAAUGUGUUAUUUUUGUUUGUUCACAAAUAAAAUGAAUGACAAAC